AUGUCUGAGGUGGUGUCUGUGGUGGUGUCUGAGGUGGUGUCUGAGGUGGUGUCUGAGGUGGUGUCUGAGGUGGUGUCUGAGGUGGUGUCUGAGGUGGUGUCUGAGGUGGUGUCUGAGGAGGUGUCUGAGGUGGUGUCUGAGGUGGUGUCUGAGGUGGUGUCUGAGGUGGUGUCUGAGGUGGUGUCCGAGGUGGUGUCCGAGGUGGUGUCCGAGGUGGUGUCCGAGGUGGUGUCCGAGGUGGUGUCCGAGGAGGUGUCCGAGGUGGUGUCUGAGGUGGUGUCUGAGGUGGUGUCCGAGGAGGUGUCUGAGGUGGUGUCUGAGGUGGUGUCUGAGGAGGUGUCUGAGGUGGUGUCUGAGGUGGUGUCUGAGGUGGUGUCUGAGGUGGUGUCUGAGGUGGUGUCCGAGGUGGUGUCCGAGGUGGUGUCCGAGGUGGUGUCCGAGGUGGUGUCCGAGGAGGUGUCCGAGGUGGUGUCUGAGGUGGUGUCUGAGGUGGUGUCUGAGGAGGUGUCUGAGGAGGUGUCUGAGGUGGUGUCUGAGGUGGUGUCUGAGGUGGUGUCUGAGGUGGUGUCUGAGGAGGUGUCUGAGGUGGUGUCUGAGGUGGUGUCUGAGGUGGUGUCUGAGGUGGUGUCUGAGGUGGUGUCUGAGGUGGUGUCUGAGGAGGUGUCUGAGGUGGUGUCUGAGGUGGUGUCUGAGGUGGUGUCUGAGGUGGUGUCUGAGGUGGUGUCUGAGGUGGUGUCUGAGGUGGUGUCUGAGGUGGUGUCUGAGGUGGUGUCUGAGGUGGUGGUUGAGGUGGUGUCUGAGGUGGUGUCUGAGGAGGUGUCUGAGGAGGUGGUGUCUGAGGUGGUGUCUGAGGUGGUGUCUGAGGAGGUGUCUGAGGUGGUGUCUGAGGUGGUGUCUGAGGUGGUGUCUGAGGUGGUGUCUGAGGUGGUGUCUGAGGAGGUGUCUGAGGUGGUGUCUGAGGUGGUGUCUGAGGUGGUGUCUGAGGUGGUGUCUGAGGUGGUGUCUGAGGUGGUGUCUGAGGUGGUGUCUGAGGUGGUGUCUGAGGUGGUGUCUGAGGAGGUGUCUGAGGUGGUGUCUGAGGUGGUGUCUGAGGUGGUGGUUGAGGUGGUGUCUGAGGUGGUGUCUGAGGAGGUGUCUGAGGAGGUGUCUGAGGAGGUGUCUGAGGUGGUGUCUGAGGAGGUGUCUGAGGUGGUGUCUGAGGUGGUGUCUGAGGUGGUGUCUGAGGUGGUGUCUGAGGUGGUGUCUGAGGUGGUGUCUGAGGUGGUGUCUGAGGAGGUGGUGUCUGAGGUGGUGUCUGAGGAGGUGUCUGAGGAGGUGUCUGAGGUGGUGUCUGAGGUGGUGUCUGAGGUGGUGUCUGAGGUGGUGUCUGAGGAGGUGUCUGAGGUGGUGUCUGAGGUGGUGUCUGAGGUGGUGUCUGAGGUGGUGUCUGAGGUGGUGUCUGAGGAGGUGUCUGAGGUGGUGUCUGAGGUGGUGUCUGAGGUGGUGUCUGAGGUGGUGUCUGAGGUGGUGUCUGAGGUGGUGUCUGAGGUGGUGUCUGAGGUGGUGUCUGAGGUGGUGUCUGAGGUGGUGUCUGAGGUGGUGUCUGAGGAGGUGUCUGAGGUGGUGUCUGAGGUGGUGUCUGAGGUGGUGUCUGAGGUGGUGUCUGAGGUGGUGUCUGAGGAGGUGUCUGAGGUGGUGUCUGAGGUGGUGUCUGAGGUGGUGUCUGAGGUGGUGUCUGAGGAGGUGUCUGAGGUGGUGUCUGAGGUGGUGUCUGAGGUGGUGUCUGAGGUGGUGUCUGAGGAGGUGUCUGAGGUGGUGUCUGAGGUGGUGUCUGAGGUGGUGUCUGAGGUGGUGUCUGAGGUGGUGUCUGAGGUGGUGUCUGAGGUGGUGUCUGAGGUGGUGUCUGAGGUGGUGUCUGAGGAGGUGUCUGAGGUGGUGUCUGAGGUGGUGUCUGAGGUGGUGUCUGAGGUGGUGUCUGAGGUGGUGUCUGAGGUGGUGUCUGAGGAGGUGUCUGAGGUGGUGUCUGAGGUGGUGUCUGAGGAGGUUUCUGAGGUGGUGUCUGAGGUGGUGUCUGAGGUGGUGUCUGAGGUGGUGGUGUGUGAGGUGGUGUCUGAGGUGGUGUGUGAGGUGGUGUCUGAGGUGGUGUCUGAGGUGGUGUGGUGUCUGAGGUGGUGUCUGAGGAUAGUGUCUGAGGUGGUGUCUGAGGUGGUGUCUGAGGUGGUGUCUGAGGUGGUGUCUGAGGUGGUGUCUGAGGUGGUGUCUGAGGUGGUGUCUGAGGUGGUGUCUGAGGUGGUGUCUGAGGUGGUGUCUGAGGAGGUGUCUGAGGUGGUGUCUGAGGAGGUGUCUGAGGUGGUGUCUGAGGUGGUGUCUGAGGUGGUGUCUGAGGUGGUGUCUGAGGAGGUGUCUGAGGUGGUGUCUGAGGUGGUGUCUGAGGAGGUGUCUGAGGUGGUGUCUGAGGUGGUGUCUGAGGUGGUGUCUGAGGUGGUGUCUGAGGUGGUGUCUGAGGUGGUGUCUGAGGUGGUGUCUGAGGUGGUGUCUGAGGUGGUGUCUGAGGAGGUGUCUGAGGUGGUGUCUGAGGUGGUGUCUGAGGUGGUGUCUGAGGUGGUGUCUGAGGUGGUGUCUGAGGUGGUGUCUGAGGUGGUGUCUGAGGUGGUGUCUGAGGAGGUGUCUGAGGAGGUGUCUGAGGUGGUGUCUGAGGAGGUGUCUGAGGUGGUGUCUGAGGUGGUGUCUGAGGUGGUGUCUGAGGUGGUGUCUGAGGUGGUGUCUGAGGUGGUGUCCGAGGUGGUGUCCGAGGUGGUGUCCGAGGUGGUGUCCGAGGAGGAGGUGUCUGAGGUGGUGUCUGAGGUGGUGUCUGAGGAGGUGUCUGAGGUGGUGUCUGAGGUGGUGUCUGAGGUGGUGUCUGAGGUGGUGUCCGAGGUGGUGUCCGAGGUGGUGUCCGAGGUGGUGUCCGAGGUGGUGUCCGAGGUGGUGUCCGAGGAGGUGUCCGAGGUGGUGUCUGAGGUGGUGUCCGAGGAGGUGUCUGAGGUGGUGUCUGAGGUGGUGUCUGAGGUGGUGUCUGAGGUGGUGUCUGAGGUGGUGUCUGAGGUGGUGUCUGAGGUGGUGUCUGAGGUGGUGUCUGAGGUGGUGUCUGAGGUGGUGUCUGAGGUGGUGUCUGAGGUGGUGUCUGAGGAGGUGUCUGAGGUGGUGUCUGAGGAGGUGUCUGAGGUGGUGUCUGAGGUGGUGUCUGAGGAGGUGGUGUCUGAGGUGGUGUCUGAGGUGGUGUCUGAGGUGGUGUCUGAGGUGGUGUCUGAGGUGGUGUCUGAGGUGGUGUCUGAGGUGGUGUCUGAGGUGGUGUCUGAGGUGGUGUCUGAGGUGGUGUCUGAGGUGGUGUCUGAGGUGGUGUCUGAGGUGGUGUCUGAGUGGUGGUGUCUGAGGUGGUGUCUGAGGUGGUGUCUGAGGUGGUGUCUGAGGUGGUGUCUGAGGUGGUGUCUGAGGUGGUGUCUGAGGUGGUGUCAUGAGGUGGUGUCUGAGGUGGUGUCUGAGGUGGUGUCUGAGGUGGUGUCUGAGGUGGUGUCUGAGGUGGUGUCUGAGGUGGUGUCUGAGGUGGUGUCUGAGGUGGUGUCUGAGGAGGUGUCUGAGGUGGUGUCUGAGGUGGUGUCCGAGGUGGUGUCCGAGGUGGUGUCCGAGGUGGUGUCCGAGGUGGUGUCCGAGGUGGUGUCUGAGGUGGUGUCUGAGGUGGUGUCUGAGGUGGUGUCUGAGGUGGUGUCUGAGGUGGUGUCUGAGGUGGUGUCUGAGGUGGUGUCUGAGGUGGUGUCUGAGGAGGUGUCUGAGGUGGUGUCUGAGGUGGUGUCUGAGGUGGUGUCUGAGGUGGUGUCUGAGCCACAGACGUCUGCUUCCACAUUCAGCCACAGACGUCUGCUUCCACAUUCAGCCACAGACGUCUGCUUCCACAUAAGCCACAGACGUCUGCUUCCACAUUCAGCCACAGACGUCUGCUUCCACAUAAGCCACAGACGUCUGAUUCCACAUUCAGCCACAGACGUCUGCUUCCACAUCAGCCACAGACGUCUGCUUCCACAUUCAGCCACAGACAUCUGCUUCCACCUCAGCCACAGACGUCUGCUUCCACCUCAGCCACAGACGUCUGCUUCCACAUCAGCCACAGACGUCUGCUUCCACAUUCAGCCACAGUCGUCUGCUUCCACAUUCAGCCACAGACAUCUGCUUCCACAUCAGCCACAGACGUCUGCUUCCACAACAGCCACAGACGUCUGCUUCCACAUCAGCCACAGACAUCUGCUUCCACCUCAGCCACAGACGUCUGCUUCCACAUUAAGCCACAGACGUCUGCUUCCACAUCAGCCACAGACGUCUGCUUCCACAUUCAGCCACAGACGUCUGCUUCCACAUUCAGCCACAGACGUCUGCUUCCACAUCAGCCACAGACGUCUGCUUCCACAUUCAGCCACAGACGUCUGCUUCCACAUUCAGCCACAGACCCACAGACGUCUGCUUCCACCUCAGCCACAGACGUCUGCUUCCACAUCAGCCACAGACGUCUGCUUCCACAUUCAGCCACAGACGUCUGCUUCCACAUUCAGCCACAAACGUCUGCUUCCACAUCAGCCACAGACGUCUGCUACCACAACAGCCACAGACGUCUGCUUCCACAUUCAGCCACAGACGUCUGCUUCCACAUUCAGCCACAGACGUCUGCUUCCACAAAAGCCACAGACGUCUGCUUCCACAUUCAGCCACAGACAUCUGCUUCCACCUCAGCCACAGACGUCUGCUUCCACAUCAGCCACAGACGUCUGCUUCCACAUCAGCCACAGACGUCUGCUUCCACAUUCAGCCACAGACAUCUGCUUCCACCUCAGCCACAGACGUCUGCUUCCACAUCAGCCACAGACGUCUGCUUCCACAUCAGCCACAGACGUCUGCUUCCACAUCAGCCACAGACGUCUGCUUCCACAUUCAGCCACAGACGUCUGCUUCCACAUUCAGCCACAGACGUCUGCUUCCACAUCAGCCACAGACGUCUGCUUCCACAUUCAGCCACAGACGUCUGCUUCCACAUCAGCCACAGACGUCUGCUUCCACAUAAGCCACAGACGUCUGCUUCCACAUUCAGCCACAGACAUCUGCUUCCACCUCAGCCACAGACGUCUGCUUCCACAUCAGCCACAGACGUCUGCUUCCACAUCAGCCAUAGACGUCUGCUUCCACAUCAGCCACAGACGUCUGCUUCCACAUUCAGCCACAGACAUCUGCUUCCACCUCAGCCACAGACGUCUGCUUCCACAUCAGCCGCAGACGUCUGCUUCCACAUCAGCCACAGACGUCUGCUUCCACAUCAGCCACAGACGUCUGCUUCCACAUCAGCCACAGACGUCUGCUUCCACCUCAGCCACAGACGUCUGCUUUCACAUCAGCCACAGACGUCUGCUUCCACAUCAGCCACAGACGUCUGCUUCCACAUCAGCCACAGACGUCUGCUUCCACAUCAGCCACAGACGUCUGCUUCCACAUUCAGCCACAGACGUCUGCUUCCACAUUCAGCCACAGACGUCUGCUUCCACAUCAGCCAUAGACGUCUGCUUCCACAUCAGCCACAGACGUCUGCUUCCACCUCAGCCACAGACGUCUGCUUCCACAUCAGCCACAGACGUCUGCUUCCACAUUAAGCCACAGACGUCUGCUUCCACAUCAGCCACAGACGUCUGCUUCCACAUUCAGCCACAGACGUCUGCUUCCACAUUCAGCCACAGACGUCUGCUUCCACAUCAACCACAGACGUCUGCUUCCACAUUCAGCCACAGACGUCUGCUUCCACAUUCAGCCACAGACGUCUGCUUCCACAUAAGCCACAGACGUCUGCUUCCACAUUCAGCCACAGACGUCUGCUUCCACAUAAGCCACAGACGUCUGAUUCCACAUUCAGCCACAGACGUCUGCUUCCACCUCAGCCACAGACGUCUGCUUCCACAUCAGCCACAGACGUCUGCUUCCACAUUCAGCCACAGACGUCUGCUUCCACAUUCAGCCACAAACGUCUGCUUCCACAUCAGCCACAGACGUCUGCUACCACAACAGCCACAGACGUCUGCUUCCACAUUCAGCCACAGACGUCUGCUUCCACAUUCAGCCACAGACGUCUGCUUCCACAAAAGCCACAGACGUCUGCUUCCACAUUCAGCCACAGACAUCUGCUUCCACCUCAGCCACAGACGUCUGCUUCCACAUCAGCCACAGACGUCUGCUUCCACAUCAGCCACAGACGUCUGCUUCCACAUUCAGCCACAGACAUCUGCUUCCACAUCAGCCACAGACGUCUGCUUCCACAUCAGCCACAGACGUCUGCUUCCACAUCAGCCACAGACGUCUGCUUCCACAUACAGCCACAGACGUCUGCUUCCACAUUCAGCCACAGACGUCUGCUUCCACAUUCAGCCACAGACGUCUGCUUCCACAUCAGCCACAGACGUCUGCUUCCACAUUCAGCCACAGACGUCUGCUUCCACAUCAGCCACAGACGUCUGCUUCCACAUAAGCCACAGACGUCUGCUUCCACAUUCAGCCACAGACAUCUGCUUCCACCUCAGCCACAGACGUCUGCUUCCACAUCAGCCACAGACGUCUGCUUCCACAUCAGCCACAGACGUCUGCUUCCACAUCAGCCACAGACGUCUGCUUCCACAUUCAGCCACAGACGUCUGCUUCCACCUCAGCCACAGACGUCUGCUUCCACAUCAGCCACAGACGUCUGCUUCCACAUCAGCCACAGACGUCUGCUUCCACAUCAGCCACAGACGUCUGCUUCCACAUCAGCCACAGACGUCUGCUUCCACAUCAGCCACAGACGUCUGCUUCCACAUCAGCCACAGACGUCUGCUUCCACAUCAGCCACAGACGUCUGCUUCCACAUCAGCCACAGACGUCUGCUUCCACAUCAGCCACAGACGUCUGCUUCCACAUUCAGCCACAGACGUCUGCUUCCACAUUCAGCCACAGACGUCUGCUUCCACAUCAGCCACAGACGUCUGCUUCCACAUCAGCCACAGACGUCUGCUUCCACAUCAGCCACAGACGUCUGCUUCCACAUCAGCCACAGACGUCUGCUUCCACAUCAGCCACAGACGUCUGCUUCCACAUCAGCCACAGACGUCUGCUUCCACAUCAGCCACAGACGUCUGCUUCCACAUCAGCCACAGACGUCUGCUUCCACAUCAGCCACAGACGUCUGCUUCCACAUCAGCCACAGACGUCUGCUUCCACAUCAGCCACAGACGUCUGCUUCCACAUCAGCCACAGACGUCUGCUCCACAUCAGCCACAGACGUCUGCUUCCACAUCAGCCACAGACGUCUGCUUCCACAUCAGCCACAGACGUCUGCUUCCACAUCAGCCACAGACGUCUGCUUCCACAUCAGCCACAGACGUCUGCUUCCACAUCAGCCACAGACGUCUGCUUCCACAUUCAGCCACAGACGUCUGCUUCCACAUUCAGCCACAGACGUCUGCUUCCACAUCAGCCACAGACGUCUGCUUCCACAUCAGCCACAGACGUCUGCUUCCACAUCAGCCACAGACGUCUGCUUCCACAUCAGCCACAGACGUCUGCUUCCACAUCAGCCACAGACGUCUGCUUCCACAUCAGCCACAGACGUCUGCUUCCACAUUAAGCCACAGACGUCUGCUUCCACAUCAGCCACAGACGUCUGCUUCCACAUUCAGCCACAGACGUCUGCUUCCACAUUCAGCCACAGACGUCUGCUUCCACAUUCAGCCACAGACGUCUGCUUCCACCUCAGCCACAGACGUCUGCUUCCACAUUCAGCCACAGACGUCUGCUUCCACAUCAGCCACAGACGUCUGCUUCCACAUUCAGCCACAGACGUCUGCUUCCACAUUCAGCCACAGACGUCUGCUUCCACAUCAGCCACAGACGUCUGCUUCCACAUUCAGCCACAGACGUCUGCUUCCACAUAAGCCACAGACGUCUGAUUCCACAUUCAGCCACAGACAUCUGAUUCAACAUUCAGCCACAGACGUCUGCUUCCACCUCAGCCACAGACGUCUGCUUCCACAUCAGCCACAGACGUCUGCUUCCACAUUCAGCCACAGACGUCUGCUUCCACAUUCAGCCACAGACGUCUGCUUCCACAUCAGCCACAGACGUCUGCUACCACAACAGCCACAGACGUCUGCUUCCACAUCAGACACAGACGUCUGCUUCCACCUCAGCCACAGACGUCUGCUUCCACAUUCAGCCACAGACGUCUGCUUCCACAUAAGCCACAGACGUCUGCUUCCACAUUCAGCCACAGACGUCUGCUUCCACAUUCAGCCACAGACGUCUGCUUCCACAUCAGCCACAGACGUCUGCUUCCACAUCAGCCACAGACGUCUGCUUCCACAUUCAGCCACAGACGUCUGCUUCCACAUUCAGCCACAGACGUCUGCUUCCACAUCAGCCACGGACGUCUGCUUCCACAUCAGCCACGGACGUCUGCUUCCACAUUCAGCCACAGACAUCUGCUUCCACAUUCAGCCACAGACCCACAGACGUCUGCUUCCACAUCAGCCACAGACGUCUGCUUCCACAUCAGCCACAGACGUCUGCUUCCACAUUCAGCCACAGACGUCUGCUUCCACAUCAGCCACAGACGUCUGCUUCCACAUCAGCCACAGACGUCUGCUUCCACAUCAGCCACAGACGUCUGCUUCCACAUCAGCCACAGACGUCUGCUUCCACAUUCAGCCACAGACGUCUGCUUCCACAUUCAGCCACAGACGUCUGCUUCCACAUCAGCCACAGACGUCUGCUUCCACAUUCAGCCACAGACGUCUGCUUCCACAUCAGCCACAGACGUCUGCUUCCACAUCAGCCACAGACGUCUGCUUCCACAUUCAAGCCACAGACGUCUGCUUCCACAUCAGCCACAGACGUCUGCUUCCACAUCAGCCACAGACGUCUGCUUCCACAUCAGCCACAGACGUCUGCUUCCACAUCAGCCACAGACGUCUGCUUCCACAUCAGCCACAGACGUCUGCUUCCACAUCAGCCACAGACGUCUGCUUCCACAUCAGCCACAGACGUCUGCUUCCACAUCAGCCACAGACGUCUGCUUCCACAUCAGCCACAGACGUCUGCUUCCACAUCAGCCACAGACGUCUGCUUCCACAUCAGCCACAGACGUCUGCUUCCACAUCAGCCACAGACGUCUGCUUCCACAUCAGCCACAGACGUCUGCUUCCACAUCAGCCACAGACGUCUGCUUCCACAUCAGCCACAGACGUCUGCUUCCACAUCAGCCACAGACGUCUGCUUCCACAUUCAGCCACAGACGUCUGCUUCCACAUCAGCCACAGACGUCUGCUUCCACAUCAGCCACAGACGUCUGCUUCCACAUCAGCCACAGACGUCUGCUUCCACAUCAGCCACAGACGUCUGCUUCCACAUCAGCCACAGACGUCUGCUUCCACAUCAGCCACAGACGUCUGCUUCCACAUCAGCCACAGACGUCUGCUUCCACAUCAGCCACAGACGUCUGCUUCCACAUCAGCCACAGACGUCUGCUUCCACAUCAGCCACAGACGUCUGCUUCCACAUCAGCCACAGACGUCUGCUUCCACAUCAGCCACAGACGUCUGCUUCCACAUCAGCCACAGACGUUGCCUCCACAUCAGCCACAGACGUCUGCUUCCACAUCAGCCACAGACGUCUGCUUCCACAUCAGCCACAGACUUCUGCUUCCACAUCAGCCACAGACGUCUGCUUCCACAUCAGCCACAGACGUCUGCUUCCACAUCAGCCACAGACGUCUGCUUCCACAUUCAGCCACAGACGUCUGCUUCCACAUCAGCCACAGACGUCUGCUUCCACAUCAGCCACAGACGUCUGCUUCCACAUCAGCCACAGACGUCUGCUUCCACAUCAGCCACAGACGUCUGCUUCCACAUCAGCCACAGACGUCUGCUUCCACAUCAGCCACAGACGUCUGCUUCCACAUCAGCCACAGACGUCUGCUUCCACAUUCAGCCACAGACGUCUGCUUCCACAUCAGCCACAGACGUCUGCUUCCACAUCAGCCACAGACGUCUGCUUCCACAUCAGCCACAGACGUCUGCUUCCACAUUCAGCCACAGACGUCUGCUUCCACAUCAGCCACAGACGUCUGCUUCCACAUCAGCCACAGACGUCUGCUUCCACAUCAGCCACAGACGUCUGCUUCCACAUCAGCCACAGACGUCUGCUUCCACAUCAGCCACAGACGUCUGCUGCUUCCACAUCAGCCACAGACGUCUGCUUCCACAUCAGCCACAGACGUCUGCUUCCACAUCAGCCACAGACGUCUGCUUCCACAUCAGCCACAGACGUCUGCUUCCACAUCAGCCACAGACGUCUGCUUCCACAUUCAGCCACAGACGUCUGCUUCCACAUCAGCCACAGACGUCUGCUUCCACAUUCAGCCACAGACGUCUGCUUCCACAUUCAGCCACAGACGUCUGCUUCCACAUUCAGCCACAGACGUCUGCUUCCACAUCAGCCACAGACGUCUGCUUCCACAUCAGCCACAGACGUCUGCUUCCACAUCAGCCACAGACGUCUGCUUCCACAUUCAGCCACAGACGUCUGCUUCCACAUUCAGCCACAGACGUCUGCUUCCACAUCAGCCACAGACGUCUGCUUCCACAUCAGCCACAGACGUCUGCUUCCACAUUCAGCCACGCCAGACGUCUGCUUCCACAUCAGCCACAGACGUCUGCUUCCACAUUCAGCCACAGACGUCUGCUUCCACAUUCAGCCACAGACGUCUGCUUCCACAUUCAGCCACAGACGUCUGCUUCCACAUUCAGCCACAGACGUCUGCUUCCACAUUCAGCCACAGACGUCUGCUUCUUCCACAUUCAGCCACAGACGUCUGCUUCCACAUCAGCCACAGACGUCUGCUUCCACAUUCAGCCACAGACGUCUGCUUCCACAUUCAGCCACAGACGUCUGCUUCCACAUCAGCCACAGACGUCUGCUUCCACAUCAGCCACAGACGUCUGCUUCCACAUCAGCCACAGACGUCUGCUUCCACAUCAGCCACAGACGUCUGCUUCCACAUUCAGCCACAGACGUCUGCUUCCACAUCAGCCACAGACGUCUGCUUCCACAUCGUUGGUCAAAGCGCCUGUCUUGUAA